UCGGAAUGUAUAAAGUUUUUGAUGGUAUAAAAGACAAAACAUAUAAAUACUACAACAAUUUAAAAUUGAGUAUCAACGAAGAUGAAGAUAAAAAUAUGGAAAAUCUGGAAAUUACUGAGGAAUAUAAAUUAGAGAAUAAAAAAAACGCCUCUGUUGGAAAUAAAUUUAACAUUUUAAAUUAUGAUAUAAAAUUAGAAAAUUUUGUUGGGGUUGCAAAUAAGGCAUCUCAUUUGUUAAAAACUACUCUAAUAGACACUGCAAAUAUAGUAAAAUCAAAUUUAGAAGAAAAUACUAUUCUAGCUGAUUUCAAUAAAGAGCAACAAAAUUUUGAAAGUGAGCUCAAAAAAGAUGGUACUAAAGAAAGUGAAAAUUGUUCAUCUUUAUGGCAGGGACAUCCUAAAAAAGAGAUAUUAAAGAAACAAAUUUUAGCCCUCUCUCAAGAUGCAAGGAAUUUUCUUCGAAACCCCCCGGAAGGUUGUGAUUUUCAAUUCGAUUUCCACCAAAAUGCCCCAUAUGCCAUGUGCAUGCUAAAUGAAGACCCUAAAUUGUCCCUAAUGCGAUUUAAAUUGGUUCCUACUAAAGUCAAAGAAGAGAUAUUCUGGAGAAAUUACUUUUACCGGGUUUCAUUGAUCAAGCAAUCGAUAAAUCUAUAUGAAGAAAUAAAUAACAAUCCUCCAACUAUCAAGGAAUUGGACAAUAAACCAAUUAAUCUUAGCGAGAAAUCUAAAAAAACGGAGACACCUUCAGAGGGAACGGAAGAUGAAUAUGAUAUGGCAUCCAACCCUCCAACUGAGUUUAUAAGCGAUAAUAUUAUUGAUGAGGAUACUCUCUACGAAAAAGAUGGCUCGCAUGACAAGAAAACUAAGUCAAACACGACUAAAGUCAAAAGAACAGAAAGAGAAGAAGAUGAAUUAGACAAAAUUAUGGAAUUAAAGGAUUAUGAAAUGAUUAAAUCGAAUGAUGCCACAUCUGAAGAAUGGGACCAAGAACUCCAGGAAAUGCUGGAAAAUCAAAAAAUAUGAAUUAUUUAUAUUUAAUUUAUUCGUUUUAUUAUUCUUGGGUUUAUCAGCCAUUUUAUUAUCGAUUGCGACCAAAUUUAAAUCAAUUCGUCUUUAUCAAUGAACAAGGGUUUACAAAGAGCUUAAGCUCGUUUUUUUUAUAAUAUCUGUCUUAAUUAUAUAAUAUUUAUUACUUUUUUUAAAUAAAUCUAAUGUUUUAAUUUAGUUUAUCAUAGUUUACUUUAAACACGAAAUAUAACAUAUUUAUUGUCUUACAAUUUUUUAUUAUGUACAAAUAUAAUAUUAAUAUAUUCCAAAAUUAUAUAUCGAUAACCAUUAUUCCAAAAAUAUA